UGUGAUCCACAAGCUAUGCCCACAAUACCCAGUGAUUCUUCACUCCUUUACUGGCAUGCCUCUAUACAGAGUCGCUCCAGACCAUAUCUACCAUUUGAGCACAGAUGUGCAGGAUCACUAAUACAUUCACAAUGGAUUCUCCUACCUGCUCAUUGUAUAGACAUUGACCAGAAGCUUGAAUCAUGGAGGGUUUGCUUUGCCUCUGAUUCUCGUGAGCCAUGCAUUGGGCCUGAUGCUUUUAUCACACAUAAAGACUUUGUAUCCUCCCAGGGCAAUGUCUAUUAUCAUGACAUAGCUCUAUUGCACCUGUCCAAAAAGGUGUCCAAUAUACAUCCAGUUUGCUUGCCUUAUUCUGAGGAGACCGUCUCAUCUGGAGAUAUUUGCUACUGGGCAGGCUGGACCACUGCUGAGACAGGUGGAAUUAAUACCCACACAAAAUUUCAGGUGCCAAUACCAAUCAUGCCCUAUGAAACCUGCAGUAAGCCAAGUUUUUGGCAGAACCAAUUAACUACAUCUAUGGUUUGCGCUGGAUUUGAAUCUCCAGAAAAAUUAAAGUCUUCUUGCAAGAGUGGGGCUGAAGGAGCAUUGAUCUGCCAAUCAGCUUCAAACUCUGCUUGGGAAGUUCAAGGAAUCACAAGUUUUGGGCCUAACAACUGUCUAGUGGAAAGAAAACCUCAGGUGUUCACCAAAGUGUCGGCCUACAGAGAAUGGGUUGAGGACCAGAUGAAAAAAUAUAGUUACGAGAAGUAGAUUGCAUAAAUGUAUUAUUUGGACUAUUUGAGAUAACUGGUGAAUAACAGCUUAAUAAGUAAUAAAAUAA